AUGGAUCUGUGUCUGGGUCUUCACCGAUGUCGUUUCAUUGUUUCAGCUGUAUAUUGUCCUGCUCUGACGGCCCCAGCUAACGGAGGGCUGAGUUCUGAGGGACCGAACUCCUACCCGGACGCGGUAACCUUCACCUGUAACCAGGGGUACGAACUGGACGGGACCGCUGUUUUAAUCUGCCAGGAUGACCAAGCCUGGAGUGCUCCUGUUCCUAUAUGCCAACCUGUACAUUGUCCUGCUCCGACGGCCCCAGCUAACGGAGGGCUGAGUUCUGAGGGACCGUACUACUACCAGGAUGUGGUGACGUUCACUUGUAACCGGGGAUACGAGCUGACCGGAGCCUCCAGUGUGUCCUGUCAGGCUAACGAAACAUGGAGUGACGAUGUUCCAACGUGCAUAUUUACAGCUUGUGUUCCCUUCGAGAACUUGGCUCUCACAGACUUAGUACCAGAAGGCUACAUCAUGUCACCCUUCUACCCUGGCAACUACCCAAAUAACGCCGACUGUUCUUGGACAAUCACUGCACCCUCAACUACAGUCAUCCAGCUGGACUUUGUGGAGACAUUUGACAUUGAGACUGGUCUUAAUUGCCCGUACGACUAUGUACAAGUCAUCGAUGGACAAAUCAGCUUUUCUCCAGUUCUGGGCAGACUAUGUGGAACCACCCUGCCUCCAACACUCCGGACGACCGGCAACGCCAUGACAGUCCAGUUCCAUACGGACUAUAGCGAGCCACGUGCAGGGUUCAAGGCCAAGUACAGUAUGAUUUUGCCAUGUCUUCUCCCGCCGGUGGCCCCGACAAACGGAGCCCUGAGUCCCGAAGUGGCGAACUACUACCAGGACGGCGUCAUCACGUUCUCCUGUAAUCCGGGGUACGAUCUGAACGGAGCAUCAAACGUGACCUGUCAGGCGGACCAAACAUGGAGUCAUCCUUCUCCUACAUGCACACUUACAGCAGCUUGUGUUGACGGCCAGAACCUGGCUCUCACAAGCUCAGCACCAGAAGGAUACAUCCUGUCGCCAAACUACCCUGACAACUACCUAGAUAACAUGGACUGUUCUUGGACAAUCACUGCACCUUCAGCCAUCCAGCUGGACUUUGUUGAGACGUUUGACAUUGAGUCUGGUGAUAAUUGCCCGUACGAUUAUGUACAAGUGCUAGAGGGACCAGUCAGUUCUUCUCCCGUCUUGGGCAAAUUCUGUGGAAACACACCGCCGCCGACACUCCGGACGACCGGCAACGUCAUGACAGUUCAGUUCCACACGGACCGCAGUGUGCCUCGUGCAGGGUUCAAGGCCAAGUACAGCAUUGCUGUACGAUGUCCUACACUGGCGGCCCCUGUGAACGGGGCGCUGGCACCUGUUGGCUCGAACUACUACCAGGACGUGGUGACGUUCACUUGCAACCAGGGGUACGAGCUGAACGGAGCCUCAAAUCUGACUUGUCAGGCUGAUACAACAUGGAGUGAUGCUGUUCCAACAUGCCAACCACCAGAAGGAUACAUCGUGUCACCAAACUACCCUGGCAACUACCCAAUUAACAUCGACUGUUCUUGGACAAUCACUGCACCCUCAGCCAUCCAGCUGGACUUCCUGGAGACAUUUGACAUUGGCCCUGGUACUAAUUGCCAGUACGACUAUGUACAAGUCCUCGAGGGAGCCAUCAGUUUUUCUCCAGUCCUGGGCAAAUUCUGUGGAGCCACCCUGCCUCCAACCAUGCGGACAUUUGGCAACGUCAUGACUGUUCAGUUUCACACGGACCACAGUAUAUCAAGUACAGGGUUCAAAGCCAAGUACAGUAUGGCUUUACCAUGUCGUCCCACGCCGGUGGCCCCGACAAACGGCGCGCUGAGUCCUGAGAGAGUGAACUACUACCAGGACGACGUCAUCACGUUCUCCUGUAAUCCGGGGUACGAUCUGAACGGAGCCUCAAACGUGACCUGCCAGGCUGACCAAACAUGGAGUGGUCCUUUUCCGACUUGCACACCACCAGAAGGAUAUAUCAUGUCACCAAACUACCCUAACAACUACCCAAAUUUCAUGGACUGUUCUUGGACAAUCUUUGCACCCUCGGCGUCAGUCAUCCAGCUGGACUUUGUGGAGACAUUUGACAUUGAGCCUGGUCUUAAUAUAUCCAGUUGCACCUACGAUUAUGUACAAGUCCUCGAGGGACAAAUCAGUACGUCUCCAGUCCUGGGCACAUUCUGUGGAGCCGCCCUGCCUCCGACACUGUGGACGGUCGGGAACGUCAUGACAGUCAAGUUCCACACGGACGGCAGUGUGCCACGUACAGGGUUCAAGGCCAAGUAUAGCAUGGUUUCAGCAGCUUGUGUUCACGGCGAGACCCUGACUCUCACAGACUCAGUACCAGAAGGUUACAUCAUGUCACCAAACUACCCCGGAAACUACCCAAAUAACGCCGACUGUUCUUGGAUAAUCACUGCACCCUCAACUACAGCCGUCCAGCUGGACUUUGUGGAGACGUUUGACAUUGAAUAUGGUGCUAAUUGCCUGUACGACUAUGUACAAGUUCUCGAGGACAAAUACUGUGGAGCCACCCCGCCUCCAACACUGCGGACAGUCGGUAACGUCAUGACAGUUCAGUUCCACACGGACUACAGUGAGCAACGUGCAGGGUUCAAGGCCAAGUACAGCAUCGCUGUACAAUGUCCUACUCUGACGGCCCCAGCUAACGGAGCGCUGAGUCCUACAGGAACGAACUCCUACCAGGACGUGGUAACGUUCACCUGUAACCAGGGAUAUGAACUGAAUGGAACCUCCAAUUUGACCUGCCAGGCGGACCAAAUGUGGAGUGAUUCUGCUCCAACUUGCACACUUACAGCUUGUGUUCAAGGCGAGAACUUGGCUCUCACAGACUCAGUAACAGAAGGGUACAUCAUGUCACCAAACUACCCUGACAACUACCCAAGUAACGCCGACUGUUCCUGGACAAUCACUGCACCUUCAGCCAUCCAGCUGGACUUUGUCACGUUUGACGUCGAACUCCAACAAAGUUGCCGGUACGAUUAUGUAAGAGUCCUCGAUGGACGAGGCAGUGCUUCUCCCACUUUGGGCAAAUUCUGUGGAGCCACCCUGCCUCCAACAGUGCGGACAGUCGGCAACGUCAUGACAGUUAAGUUCCGCUCAGACGGCAGUACGCAACGUACAGGGUUCAGAGCCAAGUACAGCAUUGUUAUUCAAUGUCCUGCUCAGACGGCCCCAGCCAACGGCGCCCUGAGCCCCGAGGUGGCGAACUACUACCAGGACGACGUCAUCACCUUCACCUGUAACCAGGGGUACGAACUGAACGGAGCCUCAAACGUGACCUGCAAGAAUGACACAACAUGGAGUCAUCCUGUUCCAACAUGCACACGUAAGACAGUUUGUAGUACAAGACAAUGUCCUACACUGGCGGCCCCAGUGAAUGGGGCACUGACACCUGUUGGAGCGAACUCCUACCAAGACUUGGUUACGUUCACUUGUGACCUAGGAUACGAGUUAGACGGUGCUUCCAGUGUUACUUGUCACGCCGACCAAACAUGGAGUGCUCCUGUCCCAAUAUGCCAACCUGUACAAUGUCCGUCUCUGACGGCCCCGGCGAAUGGAUUGCUGACACCUGUUGGAGCGAACUCCUACCAGGACGUGGUGACGUUCACCUGUAACCAUGGGUACGAGCUAGCCGGAGCCUCCAGUGUGAUCUGCCAGGCUGACCAAACAUGGAGUCAACAUAUUCCAACGUGCACACAAAUCGUCAUUACCACAACCAUGACAACGACGGAGUCUGUCUCUACCACGCUCUCGGAAACAACGGCAACGACUACAGAACCCACAACAACGGAGCCGAAAACAACGCUACCGGAAACAACUGUCACGACAACGACUACAGAGCCGACAACAGCGGGGCAUGAAACAACGCUACCCGAAACAACUGCCAUAACAACUACAGAGCUCACAACAACGUUACCGGAGACAACUAUGAUGACAACGAGUACAGAACCAACAACAACGAUGCCGGAAACAACGCUACCGGAAACAACUUCCGCAACAGCGACUACAACGCCCACGACAACGGUGCCAGAAACAACGCUACCGGACACAACGGUGCCUGAAACGACAGUGCCGGAAACAGCACUACCGGAAACAACUAUCGUGACAACGACUACAGAACCCACAACAACGGUGCCAGAAACAACCAUACCGGAAACCACCAUACCGGAGACAACAGUGCCGGAAAUAACGCUACCGGACACAACGGUGCCUGAGACAACACUACCGGAGACAACGAUACCGGAGACAACGAUACCGGAGACAACACUACCGGAAACAACGGAACCGGAAAUAACACUACCGGAAACAAUGCUACCGGAAACAACGCUACCGGAAACAACAGUGCCGGAAGCAACAGUACCGGAAACAACACCACCGGAAACAACGCUACCGGAAACAACGCUACCGGAGACAACGCUACCAGAGACAACGCCACCGGAAACAACGCUACCGGAAACGGCGCUACCGGAGACAACUGUCAUGACAACGACUACAGAAUCCACUACAACCCUGCCUGAAACCACGCCAUCGGAAACAGGCACAUUAUUGACGACAGAAUCCGUAGUGACGAUACCUGAAACAACAGCCACGAUGCCAACGACAGAAUCCACACCAACAGUUCCUGAAACGACAACCAAUAAGACAUGGGCCACGGACUCGUCGUCAACGAUGCUUGACACUACGUAUACUUCGACGGAAUCCGCCAGCGUGAAGCCGACAGAACAGCUAAGCACCAAGCAUCCUGAGGCUACAAAACCUGUACCGACAGAGGCACCGACUAUCGUGCAAAAGACAGACUUCGUCUUCACCACUACAACUAAAUCGACCGAAAAGCCAGUCAAUGCCAACACAGAAAAACCGAAGCCAAAGCCAACCGAGCCUCCAAAGGAAGACGAACCAGAAUCGUCUUCGUCUUCCCAGGUUGUAAUAAUCGCCGGGGCUGCUGGGGGCGGAGCUGCAGCGGUGGCGGGGGGAUGCGCCUGUGUGAUCAUGAUUCGGAGGAGGAAACUGCUCGCCGGUUCUCAAAAACGGGAGGAACUUGAACUAAUGGACCUCAAUAACGCUAAAGAAUAA